AGUACGGUGUAGAUAUCAGUUCACUGUGACCAAGCAGACAGUUCAGUUAUUCAGUUAUAACAUAAAAAUAAAAUAAUUUCAUUAUGAAAUACUUUGUUGUUGCUUUGUGCUUUGCCGUAAUUUGCAGCAUUUCUGCUGUUACCGAUGAGCAAAAACAAAUUGCCGAUAAGGUGGCAAAGGACUGUGCCAGUGAAAAUGGUUUGAGUGCAGAGGAGGUGCAAAAGAUUCGCACCAACCCAAAGAGCACCGUGAAUGAUCCAAAAUCACAGAAAUUCGGCAAAUGUUUCCUCUCAAAAUUGGGUUUCAUCGACAGCAAUGGUGAUUUCCAAGAAAAUGUUGCCGUUGAAAAAUUAUCCAAAGGUGAGGACAAAGCCAAGGUUGAAGAGAUCGUGAAAUCAUGCAAAUCGGUCAUUGGUGAUAACAAAGACGAAAAUCCAAUCAAAUUGUACGCUUGCUACUUGGAAAAGAAGGCUUUGGCUUAAACACCCGACAAUCAAACAUUUUUCAAACUUUAAAUAUAUUUCGAAUUGUAUGACCCAAAAUAUGAACCAGCCAUAAACUUUUUUCAAUAAAUUAUUUAAUCAAAA